AUGAGGGUGGGGGCCGGGUUCAGGGGCCAGCUCUUUGCGUUGGAUAUCUACUCCGGGGCCAACAUCACGCUGCACAUGGACGUGCGGUUCAACCUCAAUUCUCACGAGAGGGUGAUGCUCUGCAACUCGUUGCUGGAGGAGGUCUGGGGGGAGGAGGUCAUUCAUAGGACCUUCCCCUUCAACUACGACGAGUUCUUCAAGUUCACCGUCACCCUGACCCGUGAGGAGUUCCUGGUGGUUCUGAGCGAUAGCUCUGAGAUCCACUUCCCCAACCGCCUGGGGGCGUCUGAGUACAAGACCUUCUCCUUCAAUGGGGGCGUCCUCAUCCGCAGCUUUGAGAUCAACUAACCCUGAGCUGGAUCUCCUCCUUCAGUCUGGUGGCCUCUCCUCACAGCAGACCGGUUCACAGGCAGAUGAGAACCACUCACUUCAUCAACCUCUGACAUCCCUGUGUUAGAUGCUCUUUACAAAGCUUUUUCUGCAAUGGUA